AUGGAGGGUGAUUAUCGUAUUGAUGCAAUAAUAGCGUUGCAAAGAUCGAGAAAGACCAGCAAGGCAACAAGCGCUGUACACAAAAAGCGCAUUAAGAAAUUUUGCAACGUCGUGUCCCCGCUGGACCCGGCGGAUGCGCGUUCCGGCGUACAUAGCUCCGAAUUUCGGGGUUUAUACAAUCUGGCAAUGUUGGCUGGAGUGCUUUACGUGUUUACAACGCUUUUGACCAAUUUGCUUAUGAGAAAUCAACCAGCCGACUUAAAGCUCUUAACAUCGGUUUUUUACUCGACCCAUCUACUCGAGGUGCUCGCUACUUUUGUGUGUCAAGGUCUAUACGCCUACACGGCUCUUAUCCCAGUAUACAUGGCGGGGACUAAGCGGUUCUCAAACCGACUAACGAUAAAUAUUGUGCACCAUAUUUUGCAGAGUCUGCUAUUUUUCUUUACGAUUGUUUUUAUUGUGUGGCGCGAUUGGAAUCUCAUCCAUGCUGUCUCUGCGUUCAUUGAAGGGCUCGUGCUGCUCAUGAAGAUGCAUUCCUACAUCCGAACCAUGCUCGAGAUAUCGCGUGCUCAAAACAAAAUACCAUCGCUAGAUGUUAAAGACUUUACUAUGUACUUGCUCAUCCCGUCGCUCGUGUACGAGCCAAACUUUCCACGCACAGACCGAAUUCGCUGGGAAUACAUCGCCGAAAAGGUUUUUGCCCUUAUUAUGGGAAUUUCGAUGCUUUACAUCAUUAUUACGACUCAAGUGAUGCCUCGAUUGGAGGAUUCUGGCACUCUGAGGUAA